UCAAACCCAGCCCACCCUCCCUCUACCCAGUUUCUUGAUUUGCUCCUGCGGAUUCGAUCUCCGCGAGGGAGACCCUCCGUCUCCAUGGACGAAGCAGAGGAGAGGAGACUGCUGGUCCAAGGGGACGGGGAUCACGAGCCGCUCCUCCUUCCUUCCCAGAGCCACAGGCAGACCACAGCUUCAUCCUGGCCAGUUCUGUCCUGCUGGCCACCCUCUUCUUUUCUCUUGAAUGAGGAGAGCAAGUUGAUAAAUCCACCAAACUCUUGGAUUCAAACUGAAACUGGAGACUGGCAGCGAGAUGAGGAAUGGGAGCCAUGGCCUGAGGAUGCAAGUGUUUACACAGGGGAUGGAUCCGUUGACAUCAAAGGCCGUCCUGCGGCAAGGCGUACCACUGGCAAUUGGCGAGCCUGCUUCUUCAUCCUAGGAACUGAGUGCUGUGAGCGUCUGGCCUACUAUGGAAUUGCAAACAACCUUGUCACUUAUCUGAAAAUAAAGCUUCAUCAAGGCAAUCUUGAAGCUGCAAGAAAUGUUACCACUUGGCAAGGGACAUGCUAUCUGACUGCCCUCAUUGGAGCCAUCCUAGCAGAUUCUUAUUGGGGAAAGUACUGGACAAUUGCUGUUUUCUCAUCAGUUUAUUUCAUUGGUCUGGCUGUUUUAACGCUUUCAGCAUCACUUCCAGCACUUCAACCACCUUCAUGUUUUGGAUCUGUUUGUCCAGAAUCAAGCUUACUUCAGAAUGGCACCUUUUUCCUGGGUCUCUAUAUGAUUGCCCUAGGGACUGGAGGUAUUAAACCAUGUGUGUCAUCCUUUGGAGCUGAUCAAUUUGAUGACAGUGAUCCGACAGAGAGAGUAAAGCAGGGUUCCUUCUUCAAUUGGUUCUAUUUCUGCAUAAAUAUCGGUGCUCUCGUAGCAGGCACUGUUAUUGUCUGGAUACAAGAUAACUCAGGUUGGGGAAUAGGGUUUGCCGUUCCUACUGUAUUUAUGGCAUUGGCUAUUGCAAGUUUCUUUUCAGCCUCAAAUAUGUAUAGAUAUCAGAAACCCGGUGGGAGUCCAGUUACAAGAGUGUGCCAGGUUGUUGUCGCAGCAUUCCGUAAGUGGCGUAUCAAAUUGCCACUCGAUGCUUCUCUUCUGUAUGAAGUUGAUGGUCAAAGUUCAGCAAUAAAGGGAAGCCGGAAGCUGGAGCACACAAGUGAACUUGAAUUCCUUGACAAGGCUGCCAUCAUCUCAUCUACUGAUGCCAAGAGUGACUUUUCUGCAAACCCAUGGAGGCUAUGCACUGUCACCCAAGUGGAAGAACUGAAGAUCCUAGUAAGAAUGUUCCCAGUUUGGGCGACUACUAUCAUAUUCAGCGGGGUAUUUGCUCAGAACUCCGUAUUCGUGGAACAGGGAAUGGUUCUCGACAAACGGGUUGGAUCUUUCGAUGUUCCUCCUGCAUCCCUAUUAACUUUCGACGUAAUCAGUGUCAUGAUCUGGAUUCCAAUUUAUGACCGUGUUCUCAUACCCAUAGCUAGAAAGUUCACUGGAAGGGAGAAGGGUUUCUCUGAGCUACAGCGAAUGGGCAUUGGAUUAGUCCUUUCCAUUGUGACGAUGGUAUCUGCAGCUCUUGUUGAGUUGAAGCGCUUAGAGGUUGCCAGGACUGAAGGCCUUAUCCAUGAGAAUGUUGCUGUUCCAAUGAGCAUUCUUUGGCAAAUACCACAGUAUUGCUUUGCUGGUGCUGCCGAGGUUUUCACUGCUAUAGGUCAAGUUGAGUUCUUCUAUGGUCAGGCCCCAGAUGCCAUGAGGAGCUUAUGUGCUGCAUUGGCACUUGUUACGGUCACGUUGGGAAGCUAUUUAAGCUCAAUCAUAUUGACCUUGGUGUCAUACCUUACAACUCAAGGAGGGGAUGCAGGAUGGAUCCCAGAUAAUUUGAAUGAAGGCCAUCUUGACCGGUUCUUUUGGUUGAUGGCAGGGAUCAGCUUUGUAAAUUUGCUGGUUUACAUUGGUUGCGCAAUGAGAUACAAAUAUAAGAAUGUGUGAUGGUUCUAGUUACUGUAAAAAUCAGUUUUCUGUACUUCCAGAUUCAUAUUCAUGGAGGCAAUGCAUUGUAUAGACCAAACUGACAGCUACCCUCCUCAGCAAGUUUUCAAGAAAAGACUUA